AUGGAGGUGGCCAAGCGCGCGCCCGCGAGCGCGGCGACGACGAGCGGGGCGCCGAGAGCGAAUCCUCGAGACGGUGAGUUGGCGAAAGAUACCGAGGAAGACGACGGCGAGGCGUUUGUUCGACGCAAAGGAACGUUCGCGAAGGAUCUGUCGUACAUGAUGUACGGAUUCGGCGACGCGAAGGAGCCGGAUCCGGAGAGCGUGGAGUUGAUGGAGGACAUGUUGGUGGAGUACCUCACAAACGUGGCGCACCGAGCGAUGGAAGUGGCGGAGCGUCGAGGACGGAUGCAGACGGAGGAUCUACUGUACGUGAUUCGGAACGAUCGUAAGAAAUUUGCGCGCGUAGACGAGCUGCUGGAGAUGAACGCCAAGCUCAAGGACGCGCGAAAGAAUUUCGAUCUUCACGAUCCUCAGGCGGUUCUGGCGCAACAGAGAGAAGCGGAGGAAGCGCGACGACGGGAGGCCGAGGCGAAGGCGAACGCCUAG